AUGAAUAGUAAUGUUCCAAUUGUUUUAGAUCAAGGUACAGGUUUCGUUAAAAUUGGUCGUGCUGGAGAGAAUUUCCCAGAUUACACGUUUCCAAGUAUAGUUGGUAGACCAAUCUUAAGGGCAGAAGAAAGGGCAGCUGGCAUAUCACCAAUUCCAUUAAAAGAUACCAUGAUUGGGGAUGAAGCCCAGCAGGUUAGAUCAUACUUACAAAUAGCUUAUCCAAUGGAAAAUGGUAUUAUUAAAAAUUGGGUGGAUAUGGAAUUACUUUGGGAUUAUGCAUUCUUCGAAAAAAUGAAAUUGCCCACCACUUCCGGCUGCAAAGUUUUGUUGACUGAACCACCAAUGAAUCCAAUCAAAAAUAGACAAACUAUGUGUGAAGUCAUGUUUGAAAAGUAUGAUUUUGGGGGUGUUUAUGUGGCUAUUCAAGCUGUUUUAGCUUUAUAUGCCCAAGGGUUAUCAUCAGGGGUUGUAGUGGAUUCAGGUGACGGUGUGACUCAUAUUGUUCCAGUUUAUGAAUCUGUAGUUUUGAGCCACCUAACUAGAAGAUUGGAUGUCGCCGGUAGGGAUGUCACCAGGCAUUUAAUCGAUUUGCUAUCUCGUCGUGGCUAUGCAUUUAAUAGGUCCGCUGAUUUUGAGACUGUUCGCCAAAUUAAAGAAAAAUUGUGUUAUGUUUCAUACGAUUUGGACUUGGACACUAAGUUAGCUCAAGAAACCACUACUCUAGUGGAGAGUUAUGAAUUACCAGAUGGUAGAGUUAUUAAAGUUGGAAGUGAAAGGUUUGAAGCUCCUGAAUGUUUAUUUCAACCAAGUUUGGUCGACGUUGAACAACCGGGUGUUGGCGAAUUAUUGUUUAAUACUAUUCAAGCCGCUGAUGUUGAUGUUAGAAGUUCACUAUAUAAGGCUAUUGUAUUGUCUGGUGGGUCCAGUAUGUAUCCUGGUUUACCUAGUAGAUUGGAAAAAGAGUUAAAACAAUUGUGGUAUACUAGGAUCUUACGUAAUGAUCCAACCCGUUUGAGUAAAUUUAAAGUUAGAAUUGAAGAUCCACCAAGAAGAAAGCACAUGGUUUUUAUUGGUGGUGCAGUUUUGGCUAGCAUUAUUUCUGAUAAAGAGCAUAUGUGGUUAACUAAACAAGAAUGGCAAGAAAUAGGUCCUUCUUCCAUCUCUAAAUUUGGUCCUAGAUAA